ACACCGUGUGCCAGUUUAUUGGUUCCAAUUUCUACCACAAACGGAGAAAUAAGAGGCAAAGGAGGGACCAACCACCAACUCAGGGAGAGAAGAAUCCUGUGACAGGGUUUACAAAAUGGCAGAGUGGGCCGAUGUGGUGUAUGCUGCCAGACGACGAGGGGACGACACAACAAGGGAGUCUGUUUUCGUUUAUACCAACAGCAAUAACACAAGGGAUCCCUUUGAGGGACCCAACUACCACAUUGCCCCUCGAUGGGUGUACAACCUCGCAACAGCCUGGAUGUUUUUCGUGGUGGUCGCCUCGACCUUCACCAAUGGCCUGGUGCUGGUGGCCACGGCCAAAUUCAAGAAGCUCCGUCACCCUCUCAACUGGAUUUUGGUCAACCUCGCUAUAGCUGAUCUAGCAGAGACUCUGUUGGCCAGCACCAUCAGUGUGAUCAACCAGGUUUUCGGCUACUUUAUCCUCGGACAUCCCAUGUGUGUCUUUGAGGGCUACACUGUGUCUGUAUGUGGUAUCGCUGGUCUGUGGUCUUUGACUGUCAUCUCUUGGGAGAGAUGGGUGGUCGUCUGCAAACCAUUUGGAAAUGUCAAGUUUGAUGGUAAAUGGGCAUCUGGUGGCAUCAUCUUCGCCUGGGUUUGGGCUGCUGUCUGGUGUGCACCUCCCAUCUUUGGCUGGAGCAGAUAUUGGCCUCACGGUCUGAAGACCUCCUGCGGCCCUGAUGUAUUUGGAGGAAGCGAUGACCCCGGUGUCCAGUCCUACAUGAUUGUCCUAGUGGUCACCUGUUGUAUCUUCCCUCUUUCCAUCAUCAUUCUCUGCUACAUUGCCGUGUACUUGGCCAUUCAUGCUGUCGCCCAGCAACAGAAGGAUUCUGAGUCCACACAGAAAGCUGAGAAGGAAGUGUCCAGAAUGGUGGUUGUCAUGAUCAUUGCUUUCUGCCUUUGCUGGGGUCCUUACGCUUCCUUCGCCUGUUUUGCAGCUGCACACCCAGGCUAUGCCUUCCAUCCACUGGCAGCAGCCAUGCCUGCCUAUUUUGCCAAGAGCGCCACCAUCUACAACCCCAUCAUUUACGUCUUCAUGAACCGACAGUUCCGCGUAUGCAUCAUGCAGCUCUUUGGAAAGAAAGUUGAUGACGGAUCUGAAGUGUCCACAUCCAAAACAGAAGUGUCUUCUGUGGCUCCGGCAUAAACCUCAUGUC